AUGAAGUGGCUCUCGCUCGCCCUCGUCCUUGCUGGGCCCUCCGAGGCCGCCCUGCGCUUCGGGUGCUCCACUGUGAGCAUCCAGCGGCUUGACCCCCUCGUCGAGCCAGGCAAGAUACCGUCGGCGCACCUGCACCAGAUCGUGGGCGGCAACGCCUUCAACGCGACCAUGGUGGGCGACAUCUCGGAGAAGGCCACCUGCACGACGUGCACCUUCUCGGAGGACUUCUCCAACUACUGGACUGCCGUGAUGUUCUUUAGGCACACCAACGGCUCGUACAAGCGCGUGCCCCUGAUGCAGAACACGGCGCUGCCCAACGGCAUCAACGGCGGCAUGACGAUCUACUACACGCAGCAGGACUUCACCUCAAACGGCAACCAGAAGAUCACCGCCUUCAAGCCGGGCUUCCGCAUGACGGUCGGCAGCCCGACGUACAGCGCCGCGCCGAGCUCCUCGGGCAACCCGGGCCUGCGGUUCGUCUGCCUCGACAACAAGGCGACACGCUUCCCCGAGCUGCCCACCUUCCCGACCAAGCCCUGCAAGGGCGGCAUCAUGACGGUGCACCACUUCCCGGCCUGCUGGGACGGCAAGAACCUCGACUCGCCCGACCACCAAUCGCACAUGUACAACACGGUGCGCGAGGCCUUCACGCCGGCGGGGCCGUGCCCGGCCUCGCACCCGGUGCGCAUGCCGCAGCUCGCCUACGAGACCCUCUGGGACACGACGCAGUUCAACGACAUGUGGCCGACGGACGGCAGCCAGCCGUUCGUGCUGAGCUUCGGCGACCACGUCGGCUACGGCACGCACGCCGACUACGUCUUCGGCUGGAAGGGCGACUCGCUGCAGCGCGCCAUGGACUCGUCGUGCAUGUUCACGGCGUGCGAGAACGGCAGGCCGCUGAAGAGCCAGAGCGUGGCGGACAUGAACAAGUGCUCGGUCAAGAGCACGGUGCACGAGAAUAUCGAUGGAUGGCUGACGAGCCUCCCUGGCCAGCCCAGCAUGUCGAUGUGA